AUGAACGUGAACAAAGGCGUGGAGCCAGGGAAAUACUUUUGGCAGUCAACGCUGAGAAGUGGGAAUGUGAUCCCGAUGCCAGAUCUUCGUUCCAAAACUCCCGAAAGGUCAUUUUUGCCACACAGUAUUUCCUCUGGAUUACCGUUCUCGACCUCGAAGAUCGCCGAGCUGAAGCAAAUCUUCCAUGCUAGGGACGAUUCGACUAUGGAGAAGAUCAUGGUAUGCACACUUGGCCUGUGCGAGAAAGCACCGACACAAGGUGAGACCAAGCGAUGUGUUAGUUCUGUUGAGGACAUGAUAGACUUUGCCACCUUGAUAUUUGGCCACAACAUCAAGCUUCAUGCCACGAAGAGCGACGAAGGGUCGAAGCGUGAUAUCUUGAUUGGACGAGUAAAAAGGAUAGGUGGGAGUAAAUUGAGUGCGCCUGUGGCAUGUCACGAUAGUCUAUUUCCUUGCCUGGUUUAUAACUGUCAUGCGGUUCCAACACCCCACGUUCACGAGGUGGGUAUACUGGAUCCCGUGUGCAAGUCCAAGAUCAACAACGGCAUCGCAGUCUGUCAUAUGGACACGUCGGCUGGGAAUCCAAAUCACGAGGCAUUUCUUGCGCUCGGGUCGGGCCCUGGUCGAAUCGAGGCCUGCCACUGGAUCUAUGGGGAUUAUGCGGUCUGGACUAGGGCUAAUUAG